CUGUUUUUUUUUCCGUUUUCUUUCUUGUUUUUAGCUAUUCCUUGCAAUCUAUCCAACGUCACCAUUAAACACGCCCAAGUGCCACAAGAAGUAAAGAAGCGCUAUCGCACUGGUGAGACGUUUGUGUUGGGUUGUCAGAGUGGUUACAAACCGGUAGGAAAUGGGUCACAAGAAUGUAACGAAGGGAACUGGACAACACAGAAGUUUUACUGUGAAAGUGAGUAUAUUUUCCUUUGAGUUUCCCCCUCUCCCCACUUAUUUGUGUUUUGCUCAAUUUGAGGAGCUAAAAUCCUGGCCUCACCAACACAAGGACUGUUAAGAUAACUCAGAAAAGUGACCCUCGGUAACAUCUAACAUUCUAGUCUUCUCUGACAAUAACAAAGGCCCCAUGCCACAAAAUUUCAUUGAUCUGACUCUUGUGAGAUGUACUAGUAACAUGUAAGCAGCGCUAGGGACUUAAUCUCUAGCAGUGACCACACCUAGGGCGCUUUCUAUUUGUCAGAACUGACCGGCCAGCCCAUUCCCAUCGUAAUGAGAAUUUCACUUUUAAUCAAAACUAACCAUCCCGAUCAGUCAAAUCCUAAAUAUUAUGCACAAAGCAGAUGGUUUUUCAGCAAAACCUCUUGGAAAAAGCCUAUUUCGUUGCAAAAAUAUCUGGUCCGGCCAUAGUCCGGCCGGCCAGUUCUGACUUUUGAAAAGCGCCCCAAGUGUCUGUAUGUCUGUUAUGGGUUGGGUUGUGGGAUUGUGUAGGAAGGCCAAUGAGUGUGGAACUCACUACCGAAAUCACUAAACUUUUUUUCACCUAAAAUAACGAUCUUUUUCAUUUGAAUUUUCAAUAGCUUUUAUUUGGAAAGUAUUUACGUUCAAAUGUUUCCUCACGUCGGCUAUUGAUAGCGCAGGAGAGCUAGAUAACCCUUUCGUCUCCGAGUAAAGUCUACAGAGUAAACAUGGUUUGUUAAUUCCUAUAUUGCAGCGAAACGGUGCAGUUAUUGACGCAACCUUACUCUAUUUCAAUUUAGAAACGUGUUUCCCACCCUGGACUGAGUUGAAAAAGCGUUGUUAUUUGGUGAUAGAUGUGCGUUCGUACAGAUGGAAGGACGCUUUUGCUGCGUGCUCGUCUCUGAACGGUUCGCAGAUGAUAACGAUAUCCUCGGAAGAAGAAAACAUUUUUACCGCUUAUCUUGCCAAGGUAAGUACAAAACAAAUUAAGCUCCAUUCACGCAAUGAAAAACCAACCCGUGUCACAAAAAUCAAUGAAUCUAAGCAUCAAUCAAUCAAUCAAUCAAUUUAUUAACGUCAAUACGUGGGAUGGGGUUACCCCGAUCAUCCGAGCCAGAGGCUCAUGUAUAAAACGCAUGACAGUUCCUUAAAGCCAUUUUCGUCUUAUCAGUGUCUAAACUGAUUAAAACAAAUUCAAGUGUAUUAUUACGAAAGUGUUUGUAACUAAAGUUCACGGCUCUCUUUCAACUUGAGAGGGAUUCUAAGAAGUCUCUUUAGUCUGGAUGAAAGACAAGGUAAUAGGAGUGGCUUCAAGAGAGUCAAUGACUUGUUCUGGGUCUAUUGCUUCUCAACAGUAGGUAGCUGACUUUCCUGAAACACUAGGCGGCAUAUCCCCUGGCUUGUUUGUGAGGAAUAGGUUGACAUGAGAUCGGUUUUAUCGCACUGUGCCAAUCAGAAUCUAUAAUCAUGGACAAAAGUCUUGGGACACUUUUGCGUUUCUGGGGCGUUUGGCAAUUCACACAGGUCCAACCCCUCCCCUCACCCCAGAAAUAAUGUUGGACGCGUGUAUCCAGAAUGUUUUCCGAGUUUCAAUUUAGCAUAGGGUGGGGGGAGGGAGAACUGCAAGAAAAUUUCAAAAAUGAUGCACUGUUUUGAGAGGGAACCGAGAAAUGCCAGAAAAAUAUGCAUAUUGCAUUACUGUACCAAGGACUUUUGUCCAGGAUUGUCUGAAUCCUGGUUUUGGGUAAAAAAAAAAGUCUGUUUUCUUCAUUUUUCCUACGCUUUUUAGGUAUUUUGGAGACAAGUAGGUUAUCACAUGCAAUAAUAAUGACCUUUGAAACUAUUUUCUCAACAUGGCAAGUUUUUACAAGGCAAUUUCCUGAUUAGCCAUAUCGGGCCCCUUAACUGGAGCAGAGUACAGCGGAAGUUGGCCAUGGUCAGGCACGAUGUUUUGAGCAUCGCGCACAGUACUCGGUAGCAAAAACACAGUGUAUUAUCAAUAUUCGCUACAAAUUCAUUAAGGAAAUACGGCUAAGGUAUAUUUCAACCAAAAAUUGCAUUUGAAAUAAUAUGGGUCAAAAAGGCUAUCCCGUAAAGUGAAUACAAGAGUAAACUCAAUUAAUUCAGGAAGGAAAAAUUAUCUUGUUCUUCUUUCUCUCCAUUUCAAAGUGAGUACUAAGAGUAAAGAGCUAAAAUUGCGUUUUCGCUGUAAAUAAAAGCAUCAAAGGAUGUAUUUACAGAUAAAGUUUCUCUCACCAUCCCGCAACGUAAUUUUUGUUAGCAAAUAAACACAUGGAAAUAUUAGCAACACUUUCAAACAAAAAAUGAUCCGACACAAUUCUCUAGAAGUCAGCGAAAAACUUUUUUGCCCCAACCUGGGCGUAUUAUGAAACAACCGCUUUUUUUUUACAUCACAGUUGCAUUCAUAGCUCCUGUCGUAUUUUUUUGUUGUACAAAUAACAGGGACGGCUAUUCACAUCACUUAAUUUUUUUUUUUCACGGCCGUUCUAUCUUUUGGAAGACGUUGUUUUUUUCUCUACCAAGCCUACUGGAUUUUUUGACAUUCGUACUCAUAUUGAGUACUGGCGACUGUGAUGUUGACAUCUCUGAGCAAAUUAUUACCAGGUAAAUGACCUCGUGCUUUCGCGUCGUAUAUCCACGACUCUAGCUCUUUGGCCUGCCGAAAUUCUUACUGUGUACAUCAUAAUGUUAGUAACUCGUUGCUUCCCUUAACCGUUUUCGGACAUGAGUCUUGUUUAAAGUUAUGUUAUCCUUAGGAAUAAAGCACGCGCUGUGAGAUUCCACAAUUUCUGGUGUAUAUAUCGUUUCUAGCGAAUUCUUAAAACACGUUCAGAAAACUCCGAAAAGCUGGGAAAAGCUUUGUUCGAUUACGAUCUUUCAUCAGAAUCCCGAAAAACACUCUUACAGGCUUGACAAACUCUCAAAACUGCCUCUUUUUCUUCCCCCCUUUUUUCCAGACAAUCAUGGGCAAAAGUCUUGGGACACUUUUGCGUUUCUGGGGCGUUUGCCAAUUCACACCGGUCUAACCCCUCCCCUCACCCCAGAAAUAAUGUUGGACGCGUGUAUCCAGAAUUUUUUCCGAGUUUCAACUUUGUAUAGGGUGGGGGGGAGAGAGAACUGCAAGAAAAUUUCGAAAAUGAUGCACUCGUGUUUUAAGAGGGAACCGAGAAAUGACAGAAAAGUAUGCAUAUUGCAGUACGGUCUCAAGGAAUUUUGUCCAGAAUUGUCCUGGCUUGUUUGUAGGGACUAGGUUGACAUGAGAUCGGUUUUACCUCACUGUGCCAAUCAGGAUCUAGAUGCAUCUGAUUUUUCCAGUUAUUGUAUCAUUGGUUCCCAUAUCUUUGAUAUUUGGCGCAGAAGUAUCAGGUUGAAAUGCUUUCAAGGGAACAGCAUUUUGUCGUUGAUUGAUGCCCACCGUUCUUCUUUUCCUUCCUUUCUGCAUCCCUUUCGCUUAGCUCUUCCAUAUCUGGCCAACUUGGAUUAAGAACAGUGAGAAAGGCCGAGAUGGUAUUUCUCACUUUCCUUUCCGUUAUAUUAGUGGCUCUGAUGGUGAAUAUCCACAACCCAAAGAGUAGAUCUGUUAGCCAACAGUCCCUUUGAUGGAUAUUUUUCUUUCUUUAGCAGUAACUAAGUGGAAACUGCAGCGCCCUGUACUUCACCUUUCAACUAUGUCAACAACUACUUGUCGUCUGCCUGAGACCCCAGUCUUUUGCGAAACGAGUGAAUUCGGCUGAUGCAUACUGUGGGCGAUUGUCACUUCUUCCUUCUUCAGGGAUUCUUUACCUUGUAAAGGUUGCUUUCAGGCCUCUUAUGACUUUAUGAGAUUUGGUGUUUCUUCGCAUGGCAGCUUCUUCCAUGUGGCGUUAUAAAUAGUCCACUAUACUGUCAGAUAACUCAGGUUAUCGAGCUCAAAGAGGCCCCAGCGAAUCGUCUGUCAAGGACGAUCAGAAAAAGGUAUUGGCUUGAGCUCAGACUCGGCUCGCUGCUGUUGGUAAUUCGCACAUAAAUUGCAAUUUUCUACCAUGACAUGGAGUUCACCGCUGAGACUAAGCCAUCAAACACAAGUCUUCGCACGUUUCCUUCACUUGACUAUUCCCUGCUGCCCGUCUUGUAUCCUAUGCAAACCCCUCGGCUUCAUGGCUGCGAAACGCGAGGCCCUAUCAGGGGUUAUCGGGAUACGGGAUAUUUGGGUAAAAAAUUAUAGGGAUAAGGGAUAUUUGGGCGGAAAAUUAAAGGGAUAUGGGAUAUUUAAAAAAAGAUUCUGGGAUAUCGAAGAUCGAAGUUCUCAUUUUUUAAAAGAAUGAAAUGAGUUUAUUGGUCAAUAGAAGGCGCAGAUUAAAUAGCGAAAAAAAUACUUUCAAAUGCGAUUUUUUUUACAUUUUGCCAUCAAAUAUUGUCAAUAUAUUGACAAUAGCUGCCAAUAUCGGCUGUUGUCCGAGAACAACUCUCCCCCUCCCUCACGGCUUUUUCCAUUUCGCGACCUCACGCUGGGCUCGUGCGAUAGUUUUUUAUCAUUUGUGGUCAUUUUGAUCAUGCCUGCCUUGAAAGGUCUGCACGAAGUCACUGCGUGUAUUUACAAAGGAGAGGAAACACCCGUAAUGAAAUGGUCAUUCCUGACCAAAGUUGAAAAUAAGGACCUCAGGUCAUUUCUUCAGGCCUUAAGUGCCUUCGGACUAGAUUAACGGGCGAAAGAAGCAUGGAUGCCCACGAUCCGCAAUACAAACAACAACGGGAGAGCCGUGCGACAACGGAACGCCGAGGAACCAAAUCAACGAAACAGCGAGGAUUGAAAUGCACCUAUCACAACUGGUGAAAACCUUCCUAUAACAGCAGAGCAUAAUGCUUUAUAAGGUGACUCAUUGCUUUGAAGUCACCUCAGCCUUUAGCAAUUCUUUACAGAAUGUUACAUAAGAGCAUACCAUCGAUAAACAAGAUGUUUUAUUUUCACUUUAUUUCUAUUUGAAAUACGAAACGCCCCAGGAAAAUGUGUUUUUCGUUAUCAGGUACCCAAGCAUAUCCCACCAAUGACGUCAUCAUGGUAACUGGCAUUAUAGGGAUACGAACCACAAGAAUGAACGGAAUACGGGACACGGGAUAUUUUGGCCAAAAAUUAAUGGGAUACGGGAUACUUAGACCCCCCCCCCCCCCCCCCCCUGCUCGGUAGAGCUCUUGAUAAAUAAAAAGUUCAUAAGUGCACUUUAAGGUGAAAUUUGGGUGGCCAGCCUUCCAGACAGUAAUUCGAUCUGGCACUUUCUCUAAUCUGUAAUCAUGUCCCUGGGGGGACUCCCGAGUGAAAGGGACGGGGGUGCUAGUCGGAAAUUUUGAAUUAAACCCCUAAAGGAGACCAAUCUGGGCUUGGCCCAACCUGUUAUUGACCCCUGAAAGAGACCAUUUUAAACUUUGAUUACAUGAAUCGAGUAAAUAAAACGAAUUGAAAAAAAAAAUAUAUUUCUUUGAGUGCAACCCUAAAAGAACAGUUUUGCGUUUUGCUCAGAACACCCUAAGUGAGACCAAAAUCCGUCUUUUACAACCCAAAGAGAGACGACGAGCAUCUCCUGGCCUUCCCUUUCAUAUGGGAGUCCCCCCCCCCCGGAAUCAUGUUGCUCUAUGGUUGGGGCAUGACAUCAUCAAUGUUUCCGAUUCAACUCCUUCAAAUCCCUUGAGGAUUUCACUCAUGCACUUCCUAAAGCUUCCCUGCACCUGAGCUAAUUCCAUAGGACAGCACGUUAAAGUAGUACCGACCCGUAGGUGUGAUGUCAGUGCUGUGAGUAGUUUUGAGCUUUCAGACAGUUUUACUGCCAAAAUUCAGAGUUUGAACCAUCAAGCUCUGUGAAGUGCUUUGCACCCGGUGAGCUUUACCCAUAAUGUCAUACUUUGAAAGGUCACUACCCAAGGGGCGCACCAAUAAUUUAGGUAGUCCCCUAGCGAUAUCAUUCCGCUCUUUAACAUCCUUUUAGUUUCAUCCUCGGUUUCUUAAAACGGUAGAAUAGGGAGCCAGUGCAAAUGGUUUGGCGUCAUCGCUUAGCUUGAUGGUGUGCUCGUCCUAUCUCGUUUCAAGUCCUUUAAACACUUUUGUUUUUGUUGUUGUUGUUGUUUUUUUUAUCAUCCUUCGUUACUUCAUAACAACCUUGAUAUAACGUUUAACUUGGACGCAACGCUGCAGUAACUUUCUACGACACAAACAGUACAGUUUUCGUUACAGACCAAGGUUGUAAGUAAGGGUAAUAAGCACUUUUCAGUAGGAUGCGUGUGAACAUCAAGGUAAAAGAUAUGUUACGUCUGCAGUGAAUGUCGCGGCUGAAGACUUCUAGGAUCUUGUCCGCAAUAAUUUUUUCGAUCCACAGUGACUUAAUUAUAGGGUUGCUUUUCUAUUGCCCAUCUUUUCAAGUGAUGAAAAAACGCUACAAACAAUUGCCCUUUUUUCUUGUUUUUUGACUGGAAAAUCCCUGCUAAAUUUAGGUUGAAUAAAUCUCCUGAUACAUCGUGAAAUCAUUUUUUGUAUAACAACAAAUCAGAACUUCUUUGAACAUUUUCGUUUAUUUACACAACAAAAGUUACAGUUACAAUAGUUGCAUUAAAAGAGAGUACAAACAUGAAGAUCCUGGGAAACCGGAACACGAUUUUUUUAUAGCGCUACUCGGAUGUCUCUUUCCACUUUUGCACGAAGGCCACAUGGUCAAAAAUAAACAACUUCAAGGAGGAAAAAUCAAACCCAUAGUAGGGUUUAGAUUCCUACCCCUUUCGCUGAGCAAAGGUAACGAAUGCUCUGGGGGGCGAGAUUUUGUUCAAUUCUCUAGCAUGCUAACAGUGCGCACGACUACCUGUAAGACACUUGAAUAAGGGGUUAAAGUUCCAUAUCAUAACAAAUGUAAUAAUUAACUUAUAGGCUCAUCUCAAAAAGAAAAACAUUACUCAGGUACAGCUGUGGCUUGGACUAAGAAAAGAAAACGCCCGGAGUCCUUUUCAGUGGGUGGAUGGUCGAUGCUUAAAUGGAAGCUACACCAACUGGUCACCAGGGGAACCGAACAACGCUCAAGGCCGCGAGUUGUGCACUGAGAUGCUGGUAUCAGGAAAUUUUGGGUUACAUAAGUGGAAUGACGUAAGAUGUGACACCUCUGGGUAUAAGUCGAUUACCAUUUGCGAGAAACCCUUGCGAGUUGGUGAAUGA